AUGGAAGCUUCUUGCCUAGAGCUAGCGCUGGAAGGAGAACGACUGUGUAAAGCAGGAGACUGCCGUGCUGGGGUGUCAUUCUUUGAAGCUGCAGUUCAAGUUGGAACUGAAGACCUAAAAACACUAAGUGCUAUUUAUAGCCAGUUGGGCAAUGCCUACUUCUACUUGCAUGACUAUGCCAAAGCUUUAGAGUAUCAUCAUCAUGAUUUAACACUGGCCCGGACCAUUGGAGACCAAUUAGGUGAAGCUAAAGCCAGCGGUAACCUGGGAAACACUUUAAAAGUUCUUGGCAAUUUUGAUGAAGCUAUAGUUUGCUGUCAGAGACACCUAGAUAUCUCCAGAGAACUUGAUGAUAAGGUUGGGGAGGCAAGAGCACUUUAUAAUCUUGGAAAUGUAUACCACUCUAAAGGAAAAAGUGUUGGUUGUCCUGGCUCUCAUGACCCAGGAGAAUUUCCAGAAGAGGUGAAAACUGCUUUGCAGAAAGCAGCAGAUUAUUAUGAGGAAAAUCUAUCAAUAGUGACAGCUUUAGGGGAUCGAGCAGCGCAGGGGCGUGCCUUUGGGAAUCUUGGAAAUACACAUUACCUUCUUGGCAACUUUAGAGAUGCUGUUGUGUCCCAUGAGCAGCGCCUCUUGAUUGCCAAAGAGUUUGGAGAUAAAGCUGCUGAGAGAAGAGCAUAUAGCAACCUUGGAAAUGCUUACAUAUUUCUUAGUGAAUUUGAAACUGCUGCAGAUUACUACAAGAAAACACUACAAUUGGCCCGGCAGCUUAAAGAUAGAGCUGUAGAGGCACAGUCUUGUUAUAGCCUUGGGAACACUUAUACUUUACUUCAAGACUAUGAAAAGGCUAUUGAUUAUCACCUGAAGCACCUUACUAUAGCUCAAGAACUAAAUGACAGAAUCGGAGAAGGAAGAGCAUGCUGGAGUUUAGGAAAUGCCUACACAGCAUUAGGAAAUCAUGAUCAAGCCAUGCAUUUUGCUGAGAAGCACUUGGAAAUUUCAAGAGAAGUUGGAGAUAGAAGUGGUGAACUAACAGCUAGACUGAAUCUCUCAGAUCUUCAAAUGGUGCUUGGUCUCAGCUAUAGCACAAAUAAUUCAGUGAUAUCUGAAAGCAAUGAAGUUGACAAUAAUUCUAAUAAUAUACGCCCUAAGCUAGGACGCCGGCACAGUAUGGAAAACAUGGAACUUAUGAAGUUAACACCAGAGAAGGUUCAGAACUGGAAUAGUGAACUUCUCGCUAAGCAGAAACCUCUUAUUGCCAAACCAUCUGCAAAGCUGCUUUUUGUAAACAGACUAAAGGGGAAGAAGUACAAAAAUAAUUCUUCCACUAAAGUUUUGCAAGAUGCUAGUAAUUCUAUUGAUCGCCGACUAACAAGCUCUCAGAGGAAAAUCAGUGCUGAUACAAUUGGAGAUGAAGGGUUCUUUGAUUUGUUAAGUCGAUUUCAAAGUAACAGGAUGGACGACCAGAGGUGCUGCUUACAGGACAAGAACUGCCACCCAACUUCAGCCACAACAACUUCUACCCCACCAAAAACAAGGAGAAAAUCUCUGUCUAUUUCCAUUGUCUCCCCCCACACGGAUGAAUUUCUGGACCUGCUCGCCAGCUCCCAGAGCCGUCGGUUAGAUGACCAGCGGGCCAGUUUCAGCAAUCUGCCGGGCCUUCGUCUAACUCAGAACAAUAAUCAGGCAGUACUUGGCCACCUGAUUGCCAGUGACAACAAAGAGCCAGACGAUGAUUUCUUUGACAUCCUUGUAAAAUGCCAGGGGUCCAGAUUAGAUGAUCAAAGAUGUGCUCCACCACCUGCUGCUACCAAGGGACCAACAGUACCAGACGAGGACUUUUUUAGCCUUAUUUUACGGUCUCAGGCAAAAAGGAUGGAUGAACAGAGAGUUCUUUUACAGAGAGACCAGAACAGAGAUACCAAAUUUGGAUUAAAAGAUCUUUUGCAAAGCAGUGCCUUGUUGGAAUUUGGAAAUUCAGAAGGAAAAUCAGGAAACCACUAAUGAAUACUGUACAUUAUUUUGUACACACUGCAGGGAAAAUAAAUUUACCUUUGGACCUUGAAGGGAGAAUUUGUAGCACUGUAUGUAGUACAAAUGAUUUCACAGCUUGUAUUUUUAGAAUUGUGUAAAUAUUUUAAUUUUUUAAUGGUACAAUGAUGAAUAACUAACAUUCCUCCAAAUAUCUGUUUGAACAUAGUGGUUUAGUAUAUUUGUAAGAUGCAGUAUCAGCAUGUGGUCACUGUUUAGGUUUUGUAUUUUUUUGGACAAUUUGCUGGAAUUUACCUUUUCACUUAAGAGUUUUUUUAUGCUAAUGAUUGGCAAUGGUACUUUUUUUAUACUUGACUGUUUGUAGUGGGGGGGUGCUCCUUUAAAAUAAUGUACGUGAUUAAUGUAAAAAGAUUGUUUGUAAGAAACAUUGUC